UGUGUGUGUAUAUGUGUAUAUAUAUAUAUAUAUGUAUAUUAUUUCUAUAAAAUGUCUGUGUUUGAUGCUCAGAGCGAACACUUCUCCUUCCUCGGAGUGAACAACCAGUCAAACCUGAGUGACAUGAGGUGUCGGACCACCUUCUACACGGCUCUGGGGCGCCUGCUGAUGGUGGACCUAGGAGAAGACGAGGACCAGUUUGAACAGUUCAUGCUUCCUCUAACGGCUGCGUUUGAAACUGUGGCUCAGAUGUUGAGUACGAACACCUUCAACGAGCAGGAAGCCAAGAGGACUCUGGUGGGUUUGGUCCGAGACCUGCGAGGCAUCGCGUUCGCCUUCAACGCCAAGACGAGUUUCAUGAUGCUGUUUGACUGGAUAUAUCCGGCCUACAUGCCCAUCCUGCAGAGAGCCAUCGAGCUCUGGUACCACGACCCAGCAUGCACCACUCCAGUCCUCAAGCUCAUGGCCGAGCUGGUUCACAACAGGUCACAACGGCUUCAGUUCGACGUGUCGUCGCCGAACGGCAUCCUGUUGUUCAGAGAAACCAGCAAGAUGAUCACGACCUACGGAAACCGUAUCCUGACCCUGGGAGAGGUCCCUAAGGACCAGGUCUACGGUGUGAAGCUGAAGGGGGUCAGCGUGUGCUUCGCUAUGCUGAAGGCGGUGCUCAGUGGAAACUACGUCAACUUCGGGGUCUUCCGUCUAUACGGCGACGACGCUUUGGACAACGCCUUACAGACCUUCAUCAAACUGCUGCUGUCCAUCCCUCACAGUGACCUGCUGGACUACCCGAAGCUCAGCCAGUCCUUCUACUCUCUGCUGGAGGUUCUGACUCAGGACCACAUGAACUUCAUCGCCAGUUUAGAGCCUCACGUCGUCAUGUACAUCCUGUCCUCGAUAUCAGAGGGGCUCACGGCGCUCGAUACGAUGGUGUGCACAGGAUGCUGCUCCAGUCUGGACCACAUAGUCACCUACCUGUUCAAGCAGCUGUCUCGCUCCACGAAGAAGAGACCCACUCCCAUGGCGACGGACGACCGCUUCCUCCACAUCAUGCAGCAGCACCCGGAGAUGAUCCAGCAGAUGCUGUCCACAGUGUUGAAUAUCAUCAUCUUCGAGGACUGUAGGAACCAGUGGUCCAUGUCUCGCCCUCUGCUCGGCCUCAUCCUGCUCAAUGAGAAGGUGACGUCAACACUGUGUGUGUGUGUCAACACUGUGUGUGUGUGUGUGUGUGUGUGUGUGU